AUGAAAGAUGAGUUUUCAUCAUUGAACAGUAAAGUGAAUUAUCAUGCCAACGCCAUCAAGACACUUGAAGGCCAACUGAGUUUAUUAUCAGCUCAGUUGAAACCAAAAAUAAUGAUAGAAGAUGACGAUCGAGAGUUGGCUGUGGUUACUCUAAGCGGAAAGGUAGCAAUAGGUAAUGUGAUGGAAAAUGAAGAUGUUCAAAAACAUGAAGAAGGUGAAGGCAUGGAGGAACAAGAGUUGCUUAUUCAUAAAAACCUUGCCAAAGAACCACAAAAGGAAGUGGAACAACACGUUCAAAUUCCUAAAGUCAUGCAACCUUUACCCAAAAUACCUCCACCAUUUCCCCAAUGUUUAAAGAAGAAAAAUAAAGAUGAGAAGUUCAAGAAAUUCUUUGCAAUUAUGACUAAGGAGCUAAUCAAAAAGAGGGAAGAUCCUAGGGCAUUCACCAUUCCAUGCACCAUAGGCAUGCUCCAAUUCGCUAAAGCUUUAUGUGACCUAGGAGCAAGCAUCAACCUAAUGCCCUAUGCGAUAUACAAACAACUUGGAUUGGGUGAACCGAAGGCAACCACAAUGAGACUAUUGAUGGCAGACUGUUCAAUCAAACAUCCCAUGGGGAUACUAUAUGACAUCUUGGUGAAGGUCGAUCGGUUCAUUUUUUCGUCUGAUUUUGUUAUUUUAGAUUGUGAAAUAGAAGCUGAAAUUCCCAUUAUUUUGGGAAGGCCAUUCUUAGCAACUGGGAGAACAUUGGUGGAUGUUGAACGUGAAGAAUUGAGGUUUCGGGUGAACGAAGAUGAGGUAACUUUGAAUAUUUGCAAAUCCAUGAAACACCCAAGUGACAUUCAUGUAGCAUCUUGA